UCCCUGAACUGAACUUCAUCUGAUAGCAUUAUGUUUUCCACACUCGUGGCCGCUGCCCUUGUGGCCCUUGUCUCUGCUGACGGCAUCCCAGACUUCGUUGUUCCUGGAAAAUGCGCUAAAGUGGCCAACCAGGACAAGUUCGAUCUUCGCAAGUACUCGGGCCGCUGGUAUCAGACUCAGAUCAUCGACAACGCCUAUCAGCCAUUCACUCGCUGCAUCCACUCCAACUACGACUACUCUGACUCUGACUACGGCUUUAAGGUGACCACAGCUGGAUUCAGCCCCAGCAACGAGUACCUCAGAAUGCAGGGCAAAAUCUACCCCACAAAGGACUUCCCUGCUGCCCACAUGCUCAUCGAUUUCCCUACCGGUACUUUCGCCGCUCCCUAUGAAGUGGUCGAGACUGACUACGACAGCUACUCGUGCGUGUAUUCCUGCAUCGAAAUGAGCGGCUACAAGGCCGAGUUCGGCUUCGUCUUCUCCCCGCACCCACAGACUUCCGGUCCAGCGAACGACAAGUGCGCCUCCGUCUUCCGCAAGAACGGAGUCGACUUCGCCUUAUUCAAUGACGUUGCUCAUACGGCCGAAUGUGUCUACAGAGCGUAGGCGUCCGAUGCGCCUUAAACUUUCUAAUUGUUGCAUUUACAACAAAAAACUUUUUUUAUAUCAAAGUGAUACAUACCUGGCAAAUGCUGGAUAAUGCGUGCGUGAAUACAUCACCAAUAAAACUAUGUGUAUAUAUACGA